AUGCCGCUUUCUCUAGGGAGCAUUACCCCGAUCAGCCCCCCAGGGACUCCGGAGAAUCAAAUGCUCCUAGAUCGAGUCUCAAAUCCCAAUACACCACCUCGACGACGGGUUAGCCGUUUCCCUAGGUCGUUGAGGGACCAAGAGCAGAGGGACCAGGGGCAGAGGGACCAGGAGCAGAGGGACCAGGAGCAGAUUCUCGAAGAAGUCCUCAGUCAGGUUCCCGAUUAUCUGGAUGGUGACGCGGCGCUCCACCCAUGCAAUGACAACCGGGGAUUCCAGCCACCAGCAUGGCUGCCCCCCGAAGAUCCGGAGCGCCCUUGGGAGAUGGAACCCCUAGUUCCCACGAUACUUCCUCAAAACAGGGUGGCUAACAUGGCUGACAUGACAAUAGGAGCUCGUGCCACUACUACGGCAAUCGCACAAAACCCAGCUCGAUGGGAUCGCGAAUACUCCGACUCACUCGGCCGCGCAGCCUUUGAGCUGACAACGCUAGAAGAUGCCUACAUCAGACUCGGCGUCCAAUACCACUACACCACCAAUGCGGCUCGAGAAACCUCACUCUCUCGAGCGCAACGCCACACGCUGUCUACUGCGUUCAAUGGUCAGCCGCGGUCCACACAUCCCCUCUUCGAACCCCACCGCCGUGCCUACGCACUUUAUAAUGAGGCGCACCAUACCCGCCAUGAGCGUGGCAUUGGCGCAGAACACCGCGCAGAACACCGCGCAGAACAUCGCGCAGAACACCGCGCUCGACUCUGCGACCUCAUGACGCGAGGGGCCCAGGAGACGCGGGUGUUCACAGAGCAGAUUGCCGCGCUCCACCAACUCGUGUCGCUCGUCGAGGAUGCUGACGCCCAUCUAUCAAUGGCAGGUCCUAACCCGCCAACACACCGCCAUGCGGUUCAGGCUAGGCAGCACCCGGAUGAGUAUCUCGCGGACCCGCGGAUUCGCGCGUGGGUCAUGGUGCUGCCGGAGACGGCGAGGCUGCUGGGGCUGGGGCUUCCUCUGGCGCAGGUGAUCCAGGGGGUGUUCGGGCCUCAAGAUGAUGGACGGGAGAUGGCGGCUGGGUCUUUUGAUGGUGCAGGUGGUCAUGUUACUGCACGCCGCCGCAACCUUUCGCCUCCGGUUCGCGCUGAGAACUCCGAGCAUAGUCCUACUAACGUGUUCUACAUGCAUGUGGUGGUUACAAGCGAGUGGUGGCGCUUAAUUUUUGGUGCGAUUUGGACGUUUUGA